GUGAAAUAGAUGGAAGACGAAAGUAAGAAAUUAUUCAAUGCCGCGUUUAAAUUGCGUCCUGUCACCAUCCGCACCGCUCGGAGGUCAUGGCAGCUGAAAUGUCAUGUCUGACAGGUGUUGAUGAAGACGACAAAGAUGCAGAUCCUGAGAUCAAUGCCCUCACACUCCUGCAAGAGCCAGUGAGAAUGGCACAAGAUUCAGCCUGUUGCACCGAUUCUUUUGGCAAACCUUCUCUGAAACAAAACAGUGUUCUAGAUGUUCUGUCAAACACAGAUAUGUUGUCUCCGGUUGGCCUGGGGAAUGGACCUUCCUCGCAUCAGGCUACACAAGCCCAUGAACUCAACAAUAUCUCCACAGAGAAAGAGGAGGCAAAGAGCAUCACCCCACUAAAAACUGUGCAGGAAAUUGAUACUGCAGGAAUUUGGGGUUUUGAUGAAGACUCACCUGAGAACUCAUUGGAUAAUUUUGGUAGUGGCAGUGACCUUCAUUGGGACCCUCACAAAGAGUUUAUGCAGUUUCUGUGGGAGAACCAUGGCGAUUCACCUGGUGAGGAGUCUAAAGAUGAAGUCCCUUCUGCCAACAGCCAAAGGAGAAGGAAGCGGAAAAUGGACAUGGUUGUCAUGGUGGAUCCCUCAGAAGACCUUUACCCUGAUCUGAGCCACAAGUCAUCUGAGGAAUUGUCUGAUGCCGAAGACCAAGUAGACUCCAUUCCUGUCAGGAAAGUCAGAAAGUCAAGAAAGUUCUCCCAGGCACAGUCGUCACCAUCAGCAAAAGUGUCCACGUAUCCCAAUGGAACUGUAAAGGCCAUCAAGGAAAUUCUUUACAAUGCACCUGCAAGAAACUCACAUGAGAACAGUAUAGGUCAUGGGCUUUCACCAUUGAAGGGUAGGCUCACCAUAAAUUCUCAUUCAGAGGAGAAGCCAUCAUGUUAUCCUUGCUCAAAAUGUAAGCUCAUUUUCAAGAAAGAGCAUCAUUUGCAUCGUCACAUGAAGUCUCAUGUUGAAUCUCCAAAUAUCUCGCCAAAGCCCUUUAUAUGCCGAGAAUGUGGACAGUCCUUCAGACAAAGUGUUUCGCUUAUUGAGCACAUGUCCAUCCACAAAGAGAAAACGGCAAGACUUACUGAGGAGAUCAAAAGCGUGAAUGAUAAGAAGAAAGAGGACAAAAAGAAGCUAUUCUGCCCUCAGUGCGCUUUUGUUACAAACUGCCCAAACACAUUUGUUCAACAUGCUAAAACACACGAGAAGGACAAGAGAAAGUUUAGAUGUGACAAAUGUAGCUUCAGGACAAUGAGUGAGACGGAUCUUAGGAGACAUAACAUUAUGCAGCAUACUGUUAUUACUGUUAGAAAGCAAAUCCAGAAUGAUGACUCUGAAACUUUCUCCUGUAACAUUUGUUCUUAUAGAGCUUUUAGCAAAAGUGUUUUUAAGAAUCACCUCCUGCGUCGCCAUCAACAAACUUUAGAGGAAAACGAAGCUGAACAGCGUAUUGAGAAAAAUGCACAACCAUCUAGGGAGCAGCACAUGCCUACUACUAAAACUUCUGUAGAAGAUGCACAGAUAACAUCUAAAAUCUCUAUAAAAAAUCUGAUCCCCUUUAAAAGAGCUAGUUCACCUAGGGACUCCAAUGACAUUUCAGACUUAUUCAAAAAUAACAAGAUUAAGAGAGGUAUCAAGUCUCAACUAUCAGAGUCAAAGCUGGACAAAUCUAUAAAUGUUCUCCUGUCCCGACAAAGACAUGGAAAGAAAACUCCAGAACAGAGGAAGGAAAGCAAUAAUUUUAGAACAUAUAUUCAGGAUUCUGAAGGUGACAAUGAUGGCUCUGAUCAGUUGCCAGGAACAUUGACUAUCAAGGUUGAAGAUUCAGCUUCAUCCCCAAAUGGCCAUAGGAUGACAUCCAAUGCCGCCGAAAUAGAUCAGUCAACAGUCAGAAAGUCACCGUCUAAAAGGAAGAUGUCCACCCCAUAUCGCAACACCUCUGACCAAGAUUCAUGCUUCAUCUUACCAAAACCUCUGCCAAGUCCCAAGAAAAUGAACCAAGAAGAAGACGAAGAAGAAGACGAAGAAGAAGAAGACGAAGAAGAAGACGAAGAAGAAGAAGAAGAAAUGUCAGACUAUCAAGAAAAAGACAUUUUCCAGUUCAACGAUUCAGAGUCAGACACUGAUCUUUUUGACAAUGGUAUCAAAAAAGAAAAACAAAACAUAAUUUAUACCUAUAGCAGAAGAAUGUCCAUGAGGGGGGCUCUGCAGGCCUCUAAAAGGCUAUUCGAGAAAAUAAAGACUGAAGAGCAAGACCAAACUAACCCUGAAAUCAAAGAAGAAUGCAUAGAAACAGAAGUCUUCCAAGAAGCCAUUGACUCCCACCAAAUACCAAUGAGUGAAGACUUCACAGAGGAUUUUGAUUUAGAGUUGGAAUCUAACAAGAACUGUCCAUACUGUCCUGCAGUCUUUGAGUCGGGUGUUGGAUUGUCCAAUCAUGUCCGAGGGCAUCUUCAUAGGGUGGGACUGAGCUACAAUGCACGCCAUGUAGUGUCUCCUGAGCAGGUGGCUUCUCAAGACAGGAGGCCACGAAUUCGCCGAAAGAUUUCAGCGUUCCGGAGAUUGAAAAAAGCGUUACAGCUGGAGUCAGAAUCUGAGACUGUGAAGAGCAUUCACUCCUGUCCGUUAUGUGGGGACUCAUUUGAUAACAGGACUGGACAGUCCAACCACAUAAGAGGCCACCUCAAAAAGCUUGGUAAAAGUUUUGCAACAAAAAACAAAUCUCCUUUAUUUUUACUCCGGGAGUUGAUGCGCGACAAGAAGGAAUUCCAGCGUGCACUUCAAAUUCUGGGAAAGAAACGGAACCAUUUCCAAUAUGGUGCUUCACCAAAGGUGUCCAAUGUUGAUUGUUUCACGCCGCCACCCAUUGGAAUCCCAAAAAGUAAUUCUUUUUCAAGCGUUUGCGCUGAUGCCAGACCACUGAUGCACACGUUUUCUUUAAUGGAAAUGGAAUCUGAAAAAAAACAACUAGAGACUAAGUUGGAUGUCAAAAAUUCACUCUCGGGGACGACUGCCUUGAUAGGAAUUCUGAAGAAGAGGAAGUGUCAGGAAGACGGCAGAAUAAAGGGGUCUUCUCAGAUGUCAAGAAACUUGUUAGCAGUUUCCUCUAACAGUGAGCACUGUUCAGGAUCAAGAUUUGCAUCUUCACUGCCAAAAUCGUUAUGCGAGAAAGGUGAAUUCAACAGGAAGGUGUGCUUCCACUGCAAUGCAACUUUCCACAGUGGAGUUAGCUUGUCUAAUCACCUACGGGCAUAUACAAAACGAAAAAGGAAUUCCUUACUUGAGGGAAACACAUUCGACUGCAAAGCAAGGAGGCAACGCUCAAGGCCUGGCUCAAAGAAGAAGACACUGCCCUUACCACAAACUCCAGAGGAAAUGUACAGGCUCACCUGCAGGUUCUGUGACCUCGUCUUCCAGGGUCCCUUGUCGGUCCAGGAGGACUGGAUUAAACAUCUACAGAGACACAUUAUGAACACUAGUGUCCCUCACACUGGGCUAGGCAUGGUAGAGGUCACAUUGCUGCCCACUGACCCCUCAACUCUCAAGACUGACCAAGACAGCUCUCUGACAGCCACACAUGCUGCUUCAUGAAGCCAAUGGGGACCUUUUUAGAUUUCACUGACCUGUUUGUGUAUGUAC